CUUUAUCAACAUCUUUGGUUAUGCUAUUCUCUGUCACCAUCAUUUCCGUAGAUACAUAUUACAUCUACCCCUACGAGUGCGUUUAGCUUCUACUGCGCGCUCAAUCUUAUACCGUUCCCUAUGAUAGGCCUAUGGGUCCCGCAAACAAAGGGACUCACACUGGAAGGACUUGACUAUGUCUUUACGAUCCUUUCUGCAAAAUAUAUCAAGAACCAAGACACGGAGAUCAUCGUUAUUCUUGCAAACGGUAGAUACCAUGGCGCAACGACGCUAUACCCUCCCUUAUUCCACGAUUUUAGAGGCACAAGUCAUUUAUGCGCGUGUAUCUCAUUGAGGUGACAGCUUUCAUCUUGGAACAAAGGCUGUCGAUGACUACCCGGCUCAUGUAAGUUGUCAACUGAGUUUAGUAUCGGGCUAGCAGCCGAUGACAUUUUGGAGCUCGAUGUUCUAUACCAUUUUGAGAACAUAUCAGUUUAGGAUAGUUAGGCAUGGGUCUCUGCUUUUCCUUCGUAUUGCUUGUUAUAGAUGCUGGAGAUAAAUAUAGGGUUAUACUAAGAGUAAGUAUCGCAAGACUACUAGUACCUGCUAUAGGUACUAUAUCGAGUAAAAUUAGUCCUUCCGCCCAGUAACUAAAGUGAGAAUAAAAGCUCGACCUUUUCGGUGUUAGUACUAUAGUACAGUAGUUACCAAUUUUGAAUAUGCUAUAAUUAUGAUAAUCAUCGAGGCCCAGUGAUAUAUCCUUUGAAUUGUGCAGUUGCGAAAAGCGCUGCGCAUCUGCGCCGUCGUUACAGCAAAUUUUCGAACUACUGAACAGUCCUUGUGG